UUAAUUUUUGUGAGCAACAAAGAAAUUUAUUAGCUAGUUAAAUAAGUAAAUAAUUAUUAUAAAUCAUGGAGGAUAAACAUCGUCAAUUAAUUGAAAAAUACUGUGAUAAAAUGGUGGAUGAUUUGGACAUCACAAUAAUUUGGCCAAUAUUAUUUAGAGAUAAUAUAUUUCAAGAAAACCAUGUCUACAUUUCUCAUUGGAAGGCCAACUUGAAUAAUCAAGAAACAGUAAAAGAAAUACUGAUGAAAAUAACAACAAGAGGGCCACAUGCAUUUAGCAAGUUUGUUAAUAUAUUAAAAAAGACUGGAUACAAAGAUCUUGCCAAUUUACUAGAAGAAAAAACAGCAAUUCCAACAGCAACAACAACAGCAAGUUUCAUGUCAUUGAGAGAUAACAAAAACAAUAUUGCAGCAAAUAAUAAUAACAAUAGUAAUAACAAUAGCAAUUAUUCAGCAUCAUCACCUGGAGAUGAUAUUGAUAAUCUGGAUUUUACUCUUGCUCAAUUGGAAAAUAUCAAUGAUUUUGAUCUACAAAAUGAACUUGGGCCACUAAAGGUUGUUGUUGAAAAAACAACUAAAUUUGAGGAUCAUCCAUCAAUUCUGUCAGUAUAUCCAAUGUGUUCAAAUCCUCGUGGACUUGUAUUGAUUAUAAGAUUAACAGACUACGUUCAUGAACCACUUAGAAACGGAAGUGAACAUGAUGAAAAAAAUUUAAAAGAUCUCUUUGAACAAAUGGGUUUUAAAACAAUUUGUAAAAGUAACUUAACAGGCGAUCAAAUUCAUGAUGAAAUCAGAACAUUUUCACAAAAUCCAGAUUUGAAUUAUGUAGAUUCAUGUUUCGUAAUAAUAUCAGGUCAUGGAUCUAGAAAUAAAUAUGUUGAAGAAUCAUAUAUAAGUGGAAUUGAUUCACAUGUAAAUAAUCGAAAUGGUAAUGUUUAUUGGUCUGAAAUAAUAUCGUAUUUUUCACAUGAUAAAUGUGAAGCUUUACGAAACAAACCCAAAGUUUUUAUAUUUCAAUCAUGCAGAGGCCAAGAAGAACAAAUGAUUGUAAAAGGCAUAAAUAAUGAUGAAAAUAUACAAAGCAUAAAUGACAGAAAUUGUUUUCAUGAUGAAUCUGAAUUGAUUUUUGAUUCUGAUAAUUAUCGUGAUAUAUUAAUAGCAUCAGCAACAAUACCUAACUUUGUAUCAUAUCGUGAUGGAGUUACUGGAAGCUGGUUCAUCACCACAAUCUGCUAUGUUUUUAUGAAGUAUGCAAAUACUUAUCAUAUUAGAAAAUUAUUCAUUCUGGUGGACUUGUGUAUAGCAAAUCUCUCAAAACGUGGUAAAUAUUGUCAAACAACAAUAGUGAGAUCAAUCAAUUUUAAUCGUCAAUUAUAUUUUAAUCCUUGACUAAUGGAGGAUAAACAUCGUAAAUUAAUUGAAAAAUACUGUGAUAAAAUGGUGGAUGAUUUGGAUAUCACAAUAAUUUGGCCAAAAUUAUUUGGAAAUAAUAAUAUAUUUAUAGAAAAAGAACUCAAUAUUCCUCGUUGGGAGGCCAACUUGGAUAAUCGAGAAAUAGUUAAAGAAAUACUAAUGAAAAUAACAAAAAGAGGACCACAUGCAUUUAGCAAGUUUGUUAAUAUUUUAAAAAGGACUGGAUACAAAGAUCUUGCCAAUUUACUAGAAGAAAAGACUACAAUUCCAACAGCAACAACAACUGCAAGUUUCGUGUCAUUGAGAGACAGCAGAAAAAAUAAGAAUGUAGUAACACAUGAUGGUAACAGCCAUACACAUCAAGCAGAAUCAAGUAGCUCUGCAGCUAAUAGAGACAAUAAUGAAAAUCUACAAGCCAAUUUGCAACAAGAUGUACCACUUGUUAUUCAAGUUAAAAAAUCAAAUGAAUUUCUUGAUUUACUUCCAUCUCAUGUUGUUGCUUAUCCAAUGCAAUCAAAUCCUCGAGGUUUAGUUUUGAUAAUAACUCUGUUUGAUAAACUCAAUGGAGCACUAAAGUCAGCAGCAAUAAAAGAUGAAAUCAAUUGGACAAAUCUUUUUCAACAAAUGGGAUUUUUAGUUUUAUCUAAACCAAAUCUAACAGCAAACGAAAUUCAUCAAACAUUUGGAGAAUUUACUAAACGUGAAGAAUUGUAUCGUGCAGAUUCAUGCUUUAUUAUAAUAUCAGGUCCAGGAGGUUCAAGCCUCAAACUAAAAUCACCAGUUAUUGUUGGAGUUGAUGGUAACACAGUUAAACACGCUGAAAUUAUAUCAUAUUUUUCAUCUGAACGAUGUCCUUAUUUGAGAAAAAAACCCAAGGUUUUCAUAUUUCAUGCAUACAAAGAUGAGUUGGAACAAAUGGUACAACCAAAUCAGAAAUAUUCAACAUAUCAAGACACCAGCAGCAAAAAAACAACUCUUCCAACCAAAGAUGCCAUUGUUUCAGAUAGAAAUUGGCAAAAUAUGUUGAUUGUACGUUCAACAAUGUCUGGACAUUUAUCAUAUCGUCCAACUGGAAGUUGGUUUGUCAAUAAAUUUUGUAAAGUAUUCAUGGAACACGCUUGUAAUACCAACAUUGAAGAAUUAUUUGACUUGAUUGAUAAUCGUAAGCAAGUGUCACGUCCAGCUAGAGAAAAAAUUAAACAUCAAACUUUAAUUGUUGAAAAUAUUGGCUUCAAGCAAAUGUACAUAAACCCUGGACUAUUUCAGUCUGAAUAAUUUUUUUUUUUUUUUUUAUAUAAUUAUCCAUUGUCAUUGACAAUAAUUAGCUCAAUUUAGUUAUUGCAUUUAUUUAUAUAUUUAUCAAGAAAAAAAAACUAGUA